AUUAACGGAGGAAUUGGUGGUUGCUGAGAAUGAGUCUGCGUCGGUUGGAACAUUUGUGUUAUGUUUUGUUGCAAUUGUUGAUGAUGUUGAGAAUGUUGCUGUUGUUGAGGUUGAUGAUGAGGUUGUUGAGGUUGUUGAGGUUGUUGAGGCUGUUGAGGAUGUUGAAAUUGAUGAUGUUGAGGUUGAUGUUGUUGAUGUUGUUGAGGUUGUUGAGGCUGUUGAAGUUGAUGGUGUUGAAGUUGAUGGUGUUGAAGUUGAUGAAGUUGUUGAGGUUGUUGAGGUUGUUGAGGAUGUUGGGGGUGUUGAGGAUGUUGAAGUUGUUGAAGUUGUUGAAGUUGUUGAGGAUGUUGAUGUACUAUUGGUGAUACUGUCGGUAAUUGAACUGUUGGUACAGUAGUAGUUUGAUGUUGAAAUGGUUCGACUGAUUGUGGUUG